AUGUCAUAUACCCAACCUUCUUCUUCAUCGAUCGCCCCUCGCCGCAGGACGUCGCUCCUCGUCCACUGUCGUCCGAAAACUGCUUACGACAGUGUCCCAGAAAAUGAAGGCAUCGGCAAGAUACCAGUCUCUCGGAUGUCUUUGACGGCUCCCAUCACAGAUGAUGUUCUGGAUUGGGGCUCUUUCAAUAGCGACCAAGAAGAGGCGGGAGCAGGCAAUAACUGCACGGAGUUCGUCGACCCGUUCUCGAACUUUGCGGCAGGACCACAGACAAGACACCCUUUUCACCAGCGUCGGUACUCCGCUUUCACGCAGACGCUGAAGCAGGGCAUGUCUGAACUACGUACGCAGAUGCGAAGAAUGUCCCUCAGUGUCAAAGGGAAGAAUCCGCGACUCAAAGAGGAAUGGACAGAAACGAAACGACCUCAGUUGUUGCCCUUCAAAUCCGGGGACGACAUGAUAGACCUGGUUGAGGCCAUGUCCACUGUGCCCAAAUCUCGGGGAAGACCCAUGCGAAGCCCUAGCACACGAAGAAGACCAUCUCUUCCCCUACUGAAAUUCCAGAGCGGUCCCGAGCCAUGCAGAGAUAUCCCAGAUUUCCUCCCCCCUCGCAGCAGAGGACAGCCAUUCUUAUCCGAUCUGGUCUAUGGUGGAGCGGGGGCUAGGGCUUCCGCCGCCGCUCAGAAUGAGCUGUACCAUGCAUCGCGAACGCCCCCACUGCCGCCGUACCAGCCACGGGAAGGGGGCCAUGACAACAAGGACGAAUGCGAUGCGGAAAGUGGUAUCGGGAUCGUUCUUGAUAGUCGGGACCGUCGCGGAUCUUCUCUAGCUACAGCACAUGUGAUUUGUAGAGAUCCAGCGUCGGUUCUUGCCACGGAGCUCGUGGAGAACAUCCUGUCUUUCCUCGAUGUGGAGUCGUUGAUUCAGGCAGCAACAGUGUCUCGGCGAUGGCAUGGGGUAUGUCAGUCACAGGCUGUGUGGAAAAAGAUCUUCUAUCAAGAAUACGGUCAGAAAGCACCCUCUCCGUAUGCGGAUCUGCCUCUUGCCGCCGGCCUGGGCAAGAAGACGCCCGGCCAAGAUUUCAGGAAACUUUUCAAGGUCCGCACGUUAAUUGACAAGCGUUGGCGUAACGGAGAAGCGGCUGCAAUUUAUUUGAAUGGACAUAAAGACAGCGUCUAUUGUGCCCAGUUCGACGAACACAAGAUCAUCACAGGGUCGAGAGACAACACAAUUCGGGUUUGGGAUGCUCAUACCUAUCAAUGUAUCCGCAAGCUAGGACCGCCAAACAACCCCAGGGAGAGGCAGACCCUGGUAUCGGCUGCAGUGGAACCGCAAGGAGUCCUCCCAUUUUUCAAGGCCGAUGUAUCGUCUCCUGACCCGGUCUCUCCCGCCAUCGAGCUCUGGCAUCAAGCUUCGGUCCUCUGUCUACAGUACGAUGAGGAGAUAUUGGUGACAGGGUCCUCUGAUUUCUCCUGCCUCGUCUGGGCCAUCAAGGAGGAUUACAGACCUCUUUUCCGUCUUGUCGGCCACCAUGCUGGUGUCCUUGACGUCUGCAUCGACAAACGCCGGAUCAUCACGUGCUCCAAAGACACAACGAUCAAGAUUUGGGAUCGGGUAAGCGGCAAUUUAAUGAAGACAUUGGUGGGACACCGUGGCCCUGUGAAUGCAGUGCAGGUCCGAGGCAACCUGCUGGCCAGCGCUAGCGGCGACGGCAUGUCGAAGUUGUGGCGCCUGGAGGACGGUGUUUGCAUCAAGGAAUUCCAAUCCAAAGACCGUGGACUCGCAUGCGUCGAAUUUUCGGAGAACGGGCGCACCAUCUUUGCCGGGGGAAACGACCAGGUCAUCUACGAAUACGACACCGUCACAGGCAAUCGCCUCCGCGAGCUCAAGGGUCACCGAGAUCUGGUUAGAUCACUCCACCUCGACUCAGCAAAUUCGCGGAUCAUCAGUGGCAGCUACGAUCAUUCCAUCAAGGUGUGGGAUGCGCGGACCGGAGAGUCGGCGGAGGACGGAGGGCUCAAGAUCAAUUUUGAGGGCUGGACGUCCAGUUGGAUACUGGCGGCCAAGAGUGACUACCGCAAGAUUGUGUGUACAAGUCAAGACGGACGGGUGGUCAUCAUCGACUUUGGGUAUGGAAUUGAAGGCGUCGAUUUGGUCGAGGCCUAG